GAAUCCGGGUGGUUUGCAAACCCGGAUGUCAGGCUCCUUGUCCUGGAGAUUCUCAAAUCGCUCACCCACAACUCCUCUUCGGCCUCCCCCGGAAAGGAGAGAGCGGGGCUGCGAACUGGAGGAGCAGGGAGUGUGCGCUGGGCAGCCUCACUGCUCCUGUCCCCACCCCAAAGGCAGGAAUUUCUGGGUGGGCAGAUGGCUCACCCCUCCUCCUCCUCCUUCCCCAAGCCGCAGUGGGUAGGGCGGGGAAAACGCGGGGGACUUUCCCGCGUCCCAGCCAGAGCCCCGAGUGUCCGUUCACUGUGGCGACAGGGGUGGCGGAGUGGGUCUCCAGGGCCCGGGAGUGUCGAGGCCCCCAGAGGGGUGGGGCGCGGAGGAGGCUGCGGAUCCGCCUCCGCGCUGCAGGGCCGGGUGCUUGGGGUGCGGCUGUAGGCUCCCGGGACAAGGGGCGCCCGGCGAGCCCAGUGGUUAGCGAUGCUGCUGUCGCCGUCGCUGCUGCUGCUGUUGCUGCUGCUGCUGCUGGGGGCGCCGAGGGGCUACGCUGAGGACGUGGCGGCGGCGCUCACCCCCGAGCGGCUCCUGGAGUGGCGGGAUAAAGGGAUAUUUAUUAUCCAAAGUGAGAGUCUGAAGAAAUGCAUUCAAGCAGGUAAAUCGGUACUGACCCUGGAGAACUGCAAGCAAGCAAACAAGCACAUGCUGUGGAAAUGGGUUUCAAACCAUGGCCUCUUUAACAUAGGAGGCAGCGGUUGCCUGGGCCUGAAUUUCUCUGCCCCAGAGCAGCCCUUAAGCUUAUACGAAUGUGACUCCACCCUCGUUUCCUUGCGGUGGCGCUGUAACAGGAAGAUGAUCACCGGCCCGCUGCAGUACUCCGUCCAGGUGGCGCAUGACAACACAGUGGUGGCCUCACGGAAGUAUUUUCAUAAGUGGAUUUCUUAUGUGUCAGGUGGUGGAGACAUUUGUGAAUAUCUACACAAAGAUUUGCACACAAUCAAAGGGAACACCCAUGGGAUGCCGUGUAUGUUUCCCUUCCAGUAUAACCAUCAGUGGCAUCAUGAGUGUACCCGUGAAGGUCGGGAAGAUGACUUACUGUGGUGUGCCACGACAAGCCGUUAUGAAAGAGAUGAAAAGUGGGGAUUUUGCCCUGAUCCCACCUCUGCAGAAGUAAGCUGUGAUACGAUUUGGGAGAAGGACCUCAAUUCACACAUUUGUUACCAGUUCAACCUGCUUUCAUCUCUCUCUUGGAGCGAGGCACAUUCUUCAUGCCAGAUGCAAGGAGGUGCUCUGUUAAGUAUUACAGAUGAAACUGAAGAAAAUUUUGUAAGGGAGCACAUGAGCAGUAAGGCAGUGGAGGUGUGGAUUGGUCUCAAUCAGCUGGAUGAACACGCUGGCUGGCAGUGGUCUGAUGGAACACCGCUCAACUACCUAAACUGGAGCCCAGAGGUAAAUUUUGAGCCAUUUGUUGAAAAUCACUGUGGAACAUUUAGUUCAUUUAUGCCAAGUGCCUGGAGGAGUCGGGAUUGUGAGUCCACCUUGCCAUAUAUAUGUAAAAAAUAUCUAAACCACACUGAUCAUGAAAUAGUUGAAAAAGAUGCGUGGAAAUAUUAUGCUACCCACUGUGAGCCUGGCUGGAAUCCCUACAAUCGUAAUUGCUACAAACUUCAGAAAGAAGAAAAGACCUGGCAUAAGGCUUUGCGUUCCUGUCAGGCUGAUAACAGUGCAUUAAUAGAUAUAACCUCAUUAGCAGAGGUGGAGUUUCUUGUAACCCUCCUUGGAGAUGAAAACGCAUCAGAAACAUGGAUUGGUUUGAGCAGCAAUAAAAUUCCAGUUUCCUUUGAAUGGUCUAGUGACUCUUCAGUCAUCUUUACUAAUUGGCACACACUUGAGCCGCAAAUUUUUCCAAAUAGAAGCCAGCUGUGUGUCUCAGCAGAGCAGUCUGAGGGACACUGGAAAGUCAAAAAUUGUGAAGAAACACUUUUUUACAUUUGUAAAAAAGCAGGCCAUGUCCUCUCUGAUGCUGAAUCAGGAUGUCAAGAGGGAUGGGAGAGACAUGGUGGAUUCUGUUACAAAAUUGACACAGUCCUUCGAAGCUUUGACCAAGCUUCCAGUGGUUAUUACUGUCCUCCUGCACUUGUAACCAUUACAAACAGGUUUGAACAGGCUUUUAUUACCAGUUUGAUCAGUAGUGUGGUAAAAAUGAAGGACAGUUAUUUUUGGAUAGCUCUUCAAGACCAAAAUGAUACAGGAGAAUACACUUGGAAGCCAGCAGGGCGGAAACCCGAGCCGGUGCAGUACACACACUGGAACGCACACCAGCCCAGCUACAGUGGUGGCUGUGUUGCCAUGCGAGGAAAGCAUCCACUUGGUAGCUGGGAAGUGAAGGACUGUCGGCACUUUAAGGCAAUGUCCUUGUGCAAGCAGCCAGUUGAAAAUCAGGAAACAACAGAGCAUGAAGAGAGAUGGCCCUUUCACCCCUGCUAUUUGGACUGGGAGUCAGAGCCUGGUCUGGCCAGUUGCUUCAAGGUAUUUCAUAGUGAAAAAGUUCUGACGAAAAGAACAUGGAGAGAAGCUGAAGCGUUUUGCGAAGAAUUUGGAGCUCAUCUUGCAAGCUUUGCCCAUAUUGAGGAAGAGAAUUUUGUGAAUGAGCUCUUACAUUCAAAAUUUAAUUGGACAGAAGCAAGGCAGUUCUGGAUUGGAUUUAAUAAACGAAACCCACUGAACGCUGGCUCGUGGGAGUGGUCUGAUAGAACUCCUGUUGUCUCUUCGUUUUUAGACAAUAAUUAUUUUGGAGAAGAUGCAAGAAACUGUGCUGUUUAUAAGGCAAACAAAACGUUGCUGCCCUUACACUGUGGUUCCAAGCGUGAAUGGAUAUGCAAAAUCCCAAGAGAUGUCAAACCCAAGAUUCCCUUCUGGUACCAGUACGAUGUACCCUGGCUCUUUUAUCAGGAUGCAGAAUACCUUUUUCAUACCUUUGCCUCAGAAUGGUCGAAUUUUGGGUUUGUCUGUAGCUGGCUGCACAGUGAUCUUCUUACAAUUCAUUCUGCACAUGAGCAAGAAUUCAUCCACAGCAAAAUAAAAGCGCUAUCAAAGUAUGGUGCAAGCUGGUGGAUUGGACUUCAAGAAGAAAGAGCCAAUGAUGAAUUUCGCUGGAGAGAUGGAACACCAGUGAUAUACCAGAAUUGGGACACAGGAAGAGAAAGAACUGUGAAUAAUCAGAGCCAGAGAUGUGGCUUUAUUUCUUCUGUAACAGGACUCUGGGGUAGUGAAGAGUGUUCAGUUUCUAUGCCUAGUAUCUGUAAGCGAAAAAAGGUUUGGCUCAUAGAGAAAAAGAAAGAUACACCGAAACAACAUGGAACGUGUCCCAAAGGAUGGCUAUAUUUUAACUAUAAGUGCCUUUUGCUGAAUAUCCCCAAAGACCCAAGCAGUUGGAAGAACUGGACGCAUGCUCAACAUUUCUGUGCUGAAGAAGCAGGGACCCUGGUCGCCAUUGAAAGUGAGGUCGAGCAAGCUUUCAUUACUAUGAAUCUUUUUGGCCAGACCACUAAUGUGUGGAUAGGUUUACAAAAUGAUGAUUAUGAAACAUGGCUAAAUGGAAAGCCUGUGGUAUAUUCUAACUGGUCUCCAUUUGAUACAAUAAAUAUUCCAAAUCACAGUACCACUGAAGUUCAGAAACACAUUCCUCUCUGUGCCUUGCUCUCAAGUAAUCCCAAUUUUCAUUUCACUGGAAAAUGGUAUUUUGAAGACUGUGGAAAGGAAGGCUAUGGGUUUGUAUGUGAAAAAAUGCAAGAUACUUCUGGACGUGGUGUAAAUACAUCUGAUAUGUAUCCAAUGCCCAAUACCUUAGAAUAUGGCAACAGAACUUACAAAAUAAUUAAUGCAAAUAUGACUUGGUAUGCAGCAAUAAAAACCUGCCUGAUGCACGGAGCACAGCUGGUCAGCAUCACAGACCAAUAUCACCAGUCCUUCCUCACUGUUGUCCUCAACCGGCUAGGAUACGCCCACUGGAUUGGACUGUUCACCACAGAUAAUGGUCUUAAUUUUGACUGGUCUGAUGGCACCAAAUCCUCUUUCACUUUUUGGAAAGACGAGGAGUCCUCCCUCCAUGGUGACUGCGUUUUUGCCGACACCAACGGACGCUGGCAUAGCACAGCCUGUGAGUCAUUUCUGCAAGGUGCCAUUUGUCAUGUGCCCCCUGAAACAAGACCAUCUGAACACCCAGAGUUGUGCUCCGAAACAUCUAUUCCCUGGAUAAAAUUUAAAAGUAAUUGCUACAGUUUUUCUACAGUCCUAGACAGUAUGAGUUUUGAGGCUGCUCAUGAAUUUUGCAAAAAGGAAGGUUCUAAUCUUUUAACAAUCAAGGAUGAGGCUGAAAAUGCAUUUCUCCUAGAAGAGCUGUUUGCUUUUGGUUCUUCUGUCCAGAUGGUUUGGUUGAAUGCUCAAUUUGAUGGUAACAAUGAAACCAUGAAGUGGUUUGACGGAACUCCCACAGACCAGUCAAACUGGGGCAUUCGGAAGCCAGACACAGACUACUUCAAGCCCCAUCAUUGUGUUGCCCUGAGGAUCCCGGAAGGAUUAUGGCAGCUAUCCCCGUGUCAAGAAAAGAAGGGCUUUAUAUGUAAAAUGAAGGCAGAUAUUCGCACUGCAGAGAAGCUGCCAGAAAAAGGACCAAGUCACAGCAUCAUUCCUCUUGUGGUAGUCCUGACACUCAUAGUCACUGUGGCCAUUUGCACUCUUUCCUUCUGCAUCUACAAGCAUAACGGUGGUGUCUUCGGGAGACUUGCAGGGUUUCGGAAUCCUUACUAUCCGGCAACCAACUUUAGUACGGUACAUUUAGAAGAAAAUAUUCUCAUUUCUGAUCUUGAGAAGAGUGACCAAUAAUAAUGAGGUCAGAGAAUGUCCCAGCCACCAGGGUGAGUAAAGAAGACUGAACAGGAGUCUCAUCUGCCUUUCCCUUUACAGCCCACAUGCUAUUAGAAUGUGAAUUGGGUCACUAUUUUAAUUAUUCUUGAAGUGAUUACUGGUUUUGAAUUUUAACCAAAUCAGAUGGGUUUUGAUGUAUUCAUUUCCCUAAACUGUGAUCCAUUCUUAAAAAGGGGAAAUUAUGCAUUGGUUGUUUUUCAGAAAGACAAGAACUAUUAAAAGAAACUCCCUAUUGAAA